AUGGCGUCAAAAUGUGAGCGAUUUCACAUAACUGCCACAAGUUCAGACAAGGUUUGCCAGAUAUCUAACCCAGAAUUGUCCACUUCCAAUGCAGACACCUGCAAUGCUGUUUUGGCUAGUUCCAUGCAAAUCCAUUUACAUGACCCUGCAGAUUACAGAGUUGAAAAUCGCUCUGACGAAGACAUCAAAGCUGUGUUUUUAUCUGAUGACGCAAAAUUUACCCCCAGUGAAACGUUUAGCUUCCAUGUCACUUCAUGUAGAAAGUAUAACAUUUCAUGGGAACAUAAUCGACCAUGGCUUAGAUAUAGUUUGAAAAAUGAUGCCGCCUUCUGCUCAUAUUGUUUGUGUUUCGGGACUGUGGCUGACUCGCCAUUUGUAAAGAACGGCUAUAAAAACUGGAAGAAAGCGGUUGGAGUGAAAUACAGCUAUCUGGACAAGCAUGCGAAGUCUGUCGAUCAUGUAUCUGCCAGUGAAAAGGCUAUUGAAAAAAUGGAUGCACAAACCAUAGCGGAUACAUUAGUGAACAGCGUUACAGGUUGGGGACUAUGCAUGGAUGAUUUAGUAGGGCAAGGAUAUGACGGGGCUUCAGUGAUGAGCUCUUGCAAGAAUGGGGUGCAGGCUAAAAUUCAACAACAGUUUCCAAACGCUACAUACGUUCAUUGCCGAUCACAUGUUUUGGCUUUGGUAAUUGCUAAAGGUUGUAAACAAGUUCCAGAAAUCCAGAAUCUAUUUGACAACGUCGAGAAACUGACAUGGUUUUUAGGCGGUAGUGCUAAGAGGAAGGCCUUGUUUAAAAGCUCAAGCGACUCUCAUGAACUUGGUGAUUUUCUUAUUGAGCAAGCUGACCAUGAUGAAGAAUUUGACAUGUCGAACACGGCACUUAUAAGAGGAGUAAACAAAAAAUGUGUUCCAAAGUUUUGCUCAACUCGUUGGACUGCAAGGAUUGAUACUCUCUCGGCUCUUCUUCCAAAGUACAAGACGGUUUUGGAAACACUUGAAAAGAUUCAAGAAGCCAGUAUUGGAGACUCGAAAAGAGAUGCGGGAUCUUAUGCUCGACUGCUAACCGAUCCACAGUUUCUUGUCUCACUUGUAGUGGCUCAGUUCAUCUUGAGCUAUUUCGCGUCCGUGACCAAAAGUCUACAAGCUGUCAACUGUGAUCUAGGCUCAGCCUAUCGUGACAUCCACUUGUCCAAAGAAACUGUGGCUAAGGCACGCUGUGAAUCAACAUGGGAUAAACUUUAUGAACGAAUCGAGUCCAUCUGCAGUGAAAUUGAUGUGACUAUAGUCAAGCCAAGGACCACAAAAAUUCAACGCCACAGAUCGAAUGCCGGCGCAGAUGUUUCACAAAGUGCCAAAGAUUACUUCAGGGUGAACGUAUUUUAUCCGUUUAUUGAUCAUCUUCUUCAAGAUCUCGACUCCAGGUUUUCCGACCAGCAUAGUAACCUAGUGGCUGCUGAAGCACUCAUACCCGUGAAUUUGGAACAUCUUACACCAACAUGCAUGGCCAAAAUAAAUGAAUACUAUUCAAAAUGUCUGAAACGGGGAGAGUAUCUUCAAGUUGAAGUAGAGAAGUGGAAACACUUGUUCCAACAUACUCCAGUAGAGUCCAGACCAGCGGAUGGUUGUACCACUUUGGCAGCCUGCAACAAAGUGUAUUUCCCAGCAAUUCACCGAAUUCUGGUGAUAUUCCUCACUACUCCUGUUGGCAGUGUGGCAUGUGAAAGAUCAUUUUCAGCACUAAGGCGCUUGAAAUUGUGGACCAGAGCAAGAAAUCAUGCCCCGGACUUCUAA